GUAGUAUCCCACUUCAAGAUUUGGCUGCAAUAGAUUAUCAUCUGUCAUGUAAAUAUAUUAUUGCAAUUGAACAGAAUAACUUAACUCAAAAGAUAACUCAAAAUGUUCUAAUUAAGCUUGUUGAUAUGAAUGAAUAG